UUUCUAUGUGAGAAGGCGGGGAAGUAGUCGCCGCCGGCAGAGUCGGGCGCGCCGCUUCCUAUUCUGUUUUUCGCAUGUGUCUUAAGAGCAAGAGAGGAACCUUUGCCUACGGGAGCCAUGUCUGAAAGUGGCUCCUCGUCCGCCGCCAUCCCCAAUGGCGGGGGUGGUCCCCGGCAACCCGGCAAUAAAGUGACCGUGGUCCUGGGAGCACAAUGGGGCGAUGAGGGGAAAGGAAAAGUGGUGGACCUGCUCGCGCAGGACGCGGACAUCGUCUGCAGGUGCCAGGGAGGCAACAAUGCUGGACAUACUGUUGUAGUAGAUUCUGUGGAAUAUGACUUUCAUCUCUUGCCCAGUGGUAUCAUCAAUCCCAAAGUCAUGGCAUUUAUUGGAAAUGGUGUGGUAAUUCAUUUGCCAGGAUUGUUUGAAGAAGCAGAGAAAAAUGUUAAAAAAGGGAAAGGAUUAGAAGGCUGGGAGAAACGAUUAAUUAUAUCUGACAGAGCUCAUAUUGUAUUUGACUUCCAUCAAGCUGCUGAUGGCAUCCAGGAACAGCAAAGGCAAGAGCAAGCAGGAAAGAACUUGGGAACUACAAAAAAGGGAAUUGGUCCAGUGUAUUCUUCUAAAGCAGCUCGAAGUGGGCUCAGAAUGUGUGAUCUAGUUUCUGACUUCAAUGAAUUUUCAGAAAGAUUCAAAGUGUUGGCCAACCAGUAUAAGUCUAUUUACCCUACCUUACAAAUAGACAUUGAAGGAGAAUUGAAAAGACUCAAGGGUUACAUUGAAAGGAUCAAACCCAUGGUGAGGGAUGGUGUAUAUUUUAUGUAUGAAGCCUUGCAUGGCCCACCAAAGAGGAUUUUAGUAGAGGGUGCAAAUGCAGCACUGCUGGACAUUGAUUUUGGGACUUACCCUUUUGUGACCUCAUCAAAUUGCACUGUGGGUGGUGUUUGCACUGGCCUGGGAAUGCCACCUCAGAAUGUUGGUGAAGUAUAUGGAGUUGUUAAAGCAUACACAACCAGAGUUGGAAUUGGUGCCUUUCCUACAGAACAAGACAAUGAAAUUGGAGAACUACUGCAAACACGAGGAAAAGAAGUUGGUGUGACAACUGGUCGAAAGAGACGAUGUGGCUGGUUGGAUCUGGUAUUGCUUAGAUACGCUCACAUGAUCAAUGGAUUCACUGCAUUGGCUCUUACCAAAUUGGAUAUUUUGGAUGUAUUUCCAGAAAUUAAAGUUGGUGUUGCUUACAAAAUAGACAAUAAAAUCAUACCUCAUUUUCCAGCAAACCAGGAAGUCUUAAAUAAAGUGGAGGUUCAGUAUGAGACCCUCUCAGGAUGGAAAGAAGAUAUAUCACAUGCAAGGACCUUUGAUCAAUUGCCUGUAAAUGCACAAAACUAUGUUCGAUUUAUAGAAAUGGAGCUAGGCAUUCCAAUUAAAUGGAUUGGAGUAGGGAAAUCCAGGGAGUCAAUGAUUCAGCUCUUCUAAAGAUACAGAAGAAAUGAAAGAAAAGGAAGCACACUCCAUAGACUGCUUGUUCUUAUAUCUGUUAUCCUUAGUCCAAUAAACAAAGUUUUUGGAAAGUUGGACAUUGUAUGUAAAAGAGCUAGAGAAGAUCUGGAAAAACUGUUGUUAGUGCUGUAAAGACUUUAACAACUAUCAGUAUCGUUAAUCUUACCACUUCACAAAUUCCAGAGUGUUUGUCACCAUUGCCACCCAUUGUCAUGGUGCCACCAGAGAUUUUCUUCAACUGUUUCUCCCAAAAUUUAUUUCAAGGUCUAAGAUUGUAUUAAUUUAAUGACCAUUUGUCUUUAUUGCCUCUCUGCUUUUGGUGGUCAAAUUUUCCUGAAAUUUUAGAUGCCUAGAAUGAGUAAUGCAGUUUUGCACAGAAUUUUACAUCCCCAUUUGUAUUCCUAAAGCUGUUAUUCCCUGUAUGGCUGCUGAUGUAGUGUGUGAUUAAAGAAAGGGAUGAUUUUUUAAUAAUGAAGAAAGAAAAUUUGUUAGUUUUUAUUAAAACUAAGAUGAUGAGUGAUAGUUUGGAAUUGGUGCUUAAAAUGUAUCCAGUGUAACAACUUAAUUUAUAAAUGAAAAUAUUGAAAACAGAUUGUAGGAGUCGUAUGCUCACUACUGUAAGAAGAUCACCGAGUUUUUAAAAGUUACAACACUUUUGCAUUGCAGCUUGUUCUUCUUCAGACCAAUGAUCCGUCAGUUCAUUAGCCUAUUGCUAAAUCUAUCCAGUAUCAGCUAUUUAAAAAUGACUAGAAAUAGGCUUAAUAGAUGUUGAAUAGCUUAUUCCUUGAGUAUGCACAUCAGAUUUUGGCAGUCCAAUUAUGGCUGCUCUUGUCUACCUACGUAAAUAGUCCCUGAAGGCAGUGUCUUAUUAUAAAUUGAUUUUUUAAAACUACCUGAAUCUGUGUUAGACUGUUUGGCAAAGACAAUCAGUUAUGUAGCUCAUGCUUGUGAUUUGCAAAAGCCAUUACACUGAAUGCCAGUUCAACUGAGGUAUAAGUAACUUUAAUCUCCACUACAUUCUUUAACUCUCCUAAUAUCAUUCAUGGCCUGCUCUUUCUCACAGGGCUUUUCUCUGUAAGCUAAAAAACAUGUCCUUUUCUUAUAGAGAAACCCUUCCAUACCUUUGUUAAUGUGAUUAUUUUUUUAAAGAUGAGACAGAAUUGCACAUGCUACUCAAUAUUUGGGCAUACAUAUAUAGUAUUACUGACAUUUUGUUAAGAGUUAAGGCUGCUAGUUAGUCUUCUAAUAGCCCAUUGCCUAAAUUACACUGCUAACAGCUAGAAGAAUCCCCUACACAUUUCUUAGUGCUGAAGUGUCUAAAAAUGGAGUGUAAGCUGCUAGCAUCUAGGAGUAUAACAGUUUGUUAGUCCAGCUAAAGUCUGUAAUGAAUGAGAUCAUGCUUCAGAAAAUGUAUUUUAAUAAGUUUUAGUUGCAUUCCUAAGUUCUGGAUGAAAAAUAAUUGGCAGCUCAAACUCUUACCAAAAGAGGAUUUUAUCAUAAAUUUUUGGUGGAAAUUUACAAGAGGUGGGUGGGGGAGGGAAGAACUUAAAACACUUAUUUUCUAUGAAAAUACCACUCUCACUUUCUGGGAAAGUUUGUUGUAAGUUCUAGAAUGGUAUCAGUAGUACAUGAAAGGACAAGUGUGUCUAAUUAUUCUGUGCCUCAUACUCGCCACAGACUGUAAUCCUGUCUUUAAUGUACCUUCAGUUCAACAACGUAAUAACUAGCAUCUCUAUUGUUUUUCCCUACAUGAAAUGUUAUUUUAAGAUAAAGUUAAAAAUGCAGACAAUGAAAGCAAAGAAUAGACACAACUAUACAACAAGAUUACUAAGUAAACCUAUAAGGAGCAAAGGACAGUGCUUACAAUCUUUAUAAUGGGUAAACAUUUAGAACAACUAGAAUAAAACUAACUUAGGUGAUGCUUACCAACUGUUGAGUGAGCUUGUGUCAGUUAUGUAGCAAAAUCAUAGGUACAAAAAUAUACAUGUAUCUACAUUUAAUUGGAAUGUGAUCAGAAGCUUAAGUUUCACAUGAGAUAAACCAUGGCACUUAAUCUCUUUCUCCCCCCCUCACUCCCCCCCUCAGAAUUGGGUUUCUUGGCUUGCUUUGUAUGUUGUACAUAAUGGUCCCCCAAAUUUUAUUAAUCUGUUACUGUAUACAGUUGCUGAAGAAAGUCUUUAUGCAGGAAUCAAUGAUUAAACUAAUACUAGCAUUUUCUUUAAGAAAUCAGGGACUGGAUUCAGAAUUGUGUGAGCAGUAAUCAACUCACGUGAUAAGGUGUCUCUGCUUCCUCAUUCUUGCACCCCUUCAAAAUUCUUACCUUAAAUGUCCCCAGCACCCCACAACCUUUAACUUUCUCAAGUGCCUCUAAAUAACCAAAACAACCCUGUAAAACUAUUUUUAAAACCCAAAUGUAAGUUUAUUCUUGGAAGUGCUAAAUAUGCUUUUGCUCUCUAAUGUUUCUGACUCAAACAAUACCCACUCAGAUGCACUUGUUCCUGAAAAAUACAGCAUUAGUUUUUUCUCUCUUUUGCUUCAGUACAAUAUGCUGAGCUGAUCAUUUUUGAGCCAAUAAUCCACUGUUGUGCCCAGAUUCAUUUUCUGACUUCUGAAAACUUCAAAAAAGAACCCAACAUUGAAGCUCAGAAUAGUAUUUACUAUAUUUUUUUCCUGGACAUAGCUUUGAUUAUGGCACUUUAAAAUUCUCACUGUACACAUUUAUCCAUGGAACUUUAGAUUCUGCCCCUUUUAACAUUCUCACUGAUAAGCUCUGUACCUGAUUUUCAUCUAGAUUUAAUUUCUAGAACUUGCAUAGCAUGCAGAGAACAGAUUUUCUUUACUCCAGUUUUUUCUUCCUUUUCUGCCUAUUUUACUAAUGGUGUCCAUGGUUGAGUUGUUUUGUUUUGACAGCAUGUAUAAUGCAAGAGUGACUCAUACUUCUGUAUUCCAGUUGGUGGAGUGCAGAGGGCUAGUGGCCAUAUGUACUACUGGCCACAUGCAGGGCUUUUCUUAUAUUCUAUUUUUAAAGGUACAGUUAUUUUUUUCUAUUACCAAUAAUAAUUAAUAGAUUUAUAUACACCUGAACAUAUUUAAGGGGUUAACAAAAUGCAUUAUGCAUAAAUGCAUAUAAUUGCUAACACAUUUGUAUAGAACAUUAAUGAAAAUACUAUAAUUAGUUUAAACAGCACCAUAAUUAGAAACAAAUAGACCGGCCAGCCAUCACCUGGGAGACCUGAAUAAAGAAAUGGGUCUUUCAUUGGUGCCUAAAUCAUGAUAUAGUUGAUACCCCCCUGAAUAUGAGGGCAGAGAUUCUUCCAUGACUCCAUCAUGGAGAAGGCUUCAUUCCUGGUUGCUGCAAGAUGUCAAUCUGUAUGUGUUGGCCUAAGCAGCAAGAUCUUGAAGAAUUACCUUAACACUUGCAUAAGUAUUGAUGAAGGCAAUCUGAUCUCAUGCUGCUCAGGGUUUUAAGUAGCAACAGCAAUGCCUUGUACUUGGCUCAGUAGCUAAUAGCAGGUGCAAUUGUGUCAAAUGUGAUAUAAAGGUACAAGCCCAGACACUUCACUGGGCUGAAUGGCUGCUACUUCCUGAAGCAGCUGCAGCUUUCAGACCAAUCAUAAGGAUAGUGCAUUAGUGUAAUCUAAGCAUGGGUGCAUAGGCUACGGUUGCCGGUCUGAAUUGGUAAAAGGCAACCUCUUGCUACAGAAGCCACUUGGACUCCUAAUGACAAUAUUGAGCACCCUCAAACCAUGUACCUGUUCUUUCUGAGGGAAUGCAACCCUGUGAAAAAUAAGCUGUCUUUCCAAUUCCUGUAGCUAGGAAACACCCAGUCAUACAAUCUCCAUUUUAUCAGGAUUCAGGCUGUUUGUCGGCUCUCAUUCAAUUGAUCAUUAAAUACAGGCACUGGUUCAGAUUAAGUUCAGUUUAUCUCAGUUCAGAAGUUACAGAGAAACGGAGCUGGAUGUCACCGGCAUACGGAUGGUACCUUGCCUCCAAUCACCUAAUGACUGCCUGUGUGGUGUAGUUUUGUUGUGUUGCAAUAUACAUGCAUUUGCUUACAUGGGGAAUACUCAGCAUGCCAUACUCAGCACACUACAAACAAGGAUGAACUCCGUGUGCACCUAUAGAGUCCUUUGAAAGCUGUCAAAAAUUUGAGUGGAAGAAGAACUCAUUUUUCUUUUGUAAAGUCUCUUACUGUGUCAUCCUAUUUGGCUUUGAAUGAUAUCGCAGAUGGUAUAAAUGAGCUUUCUUUUUUCUUAGGACUUAUUCCUGUUAUAACUAUCACCCCUUGUGAUGUAUGUGGGCUUGACUGCCCGACAAAAAGGAGGAGGGCUAUAUGACACACACACAGGUCCUUAAGCUCUAACGACUCAGAUUUUGUUAAAAGGAAUGCAAUUGCAGAAUCAAAAGCAAAUGUGCUUGCAUGCAUUCAAGCAUUUGAUCUCUCCAGCAUUGUGUUGGCUUCUGCAGGCCACUGAAGCGUAAAGUAGAAGUGCCCUUGCUCUAAUAGUGUUGUGUAAGAGCUCAUUCCUUUACCCCUGAAAGUUUUUUUUUAAGGGCACAUGUUUUAUUUUUUUAAUAGUCUGCUAUUAAGCACUAUCUUUGGACUUCUCAGAGGUGGACAUGGACCAUGCAACCUUCAUGAAUAUGUGCAUGGGAGGCAGGUAUGAAAGAAGCACAAACUGCUGUGCUAGUUCACAUUCCAAGAAAAGUUAUAAUAAGCACCUCAUCUGAUGAUAGGCAACACUGAUGGGGGAAUUUUGGUUGGGACUUGUUAAUAGUGAGGUAGAAGCAAGAAGUUAGAUCACUUUCCCUUUGCUUGGCUGCAUUAAAUACAGACCUGGAGCAUUUUGUUAGCACUCCUGCAAGUUAUACUGUAGUUAAGUGACCAUCUUCUCUCGAGUGUUGACUGGGAAAUUAACAGUGAUGCCAGUUCAACCUAACUUUUAAUAAAUGGGGUGAACAGAUGCAGUUUAGAAUGAAAAAAGAGAUACAAAGUUGGUGAUGUGAACUCAUUUGUACCUGUAUGGCACUGGAGCACUUGAACAAAAAUUGAACCAGAAUAGGUGUAAGGAACAUUGUGGUAAUAACAGCACUUGCUGGUGAAAGAGCACCUUUCUGGUGAUUUAUUUUUUAAUGCAUAGCUAGUCAAUGCACUGGAGUGUUUGUGCAGAAAUCCAAAUGGAUCUAAUCAAGUAAUUCCAGUGAAAUUUCUAGCAAGAGCAAAGUGUAGGCAUCAGUUCCAGAAUUACUGCAUUCGCCAUUCACAGGUGAAAAACUCCUUGCAGAGUAAAACUGUAUAAUGAUAAAGCAAAUGAGGGAAACACAUUCCUAAAUUUUGUAAAAUUAACUGCUUUUGAAAAACCCUGAUGUCUGUCUAGGACAGAGAGCCUAGAGCUGUUUGUUUCUGUGAAGCCGUAUGGGCUAAUCUGUGCUGCACUGUUACAAUUCUGAAAGGUAACAUUACAAUUUCCCCUGUUCUAACUAUUUUACUAUAAUUCCAUUUUCCAUUUUGACACACAUUUUAAAGAUUUUCCAUAAUUAAAGUAGAAUGGUUAAAAUCCUUGCAGACCAUCUUUUAAUACGGCACACCAUUUUGCUUAGCACUAGUCAUAGUCCACAAUAUUUUUGUCAAGCAAUCUUGAAAGGAUGUCCAUAAUGUUUUCUUUUAAGCUCUGGUGAAAUAACUUCUCAGACUCCCAUAAAUGAAGGCUUCACCUUGUCCCUCCUCUUGGUAGAAGUACUUUUCCAAGCUGCCAAUGCCUCAGCAGUGGUUCUUGGGCGAAGAUUAUCCUCAAUGCCCUCUAUAAUUAAAAAAAAAAAGUCGUUACAGGCCCUUCUUGAAUUCAGGAAAAAUUAAUGAAUAAAAAAGUUGGUAAUCUUGAGCAGAACCAUCUAAUAUUUCCUCUUGCCUCUCCCCAGCCCCCUCCCUGCUGAUACAACUGCCCCAAACAGCCGUUGGAUCAUUCAGAUCAAUAUUACCAAGUUAGGCAUUAGAUUAUGCUCCCUUCUUGAAGAUUCAGUAGACUGCCCUUUUUCGAUCAUGCCCUGCAUAAGGCUUUUGUAUCAUUUUCUUGUUUCAUUUCAUCAUUUGCUUCAUUCUGUGUUUUAAUUUGAUUCCCAGCCCAAUAAUUCUCCAUCAGUUAUUCUGAGCUCAUAAAUCCUAUCUGAAUCUCAGCCAGAUUGCAGAAGAGCAGCUGCAUAGCUUGGACUGUUAAGAUGGUUGAUCUUUGCCUGGAGCCACUAAAAAUUGUACCAAGCUCUUCCUUGGGGAGGAAAAAUACAUGGAUCAGUCCAGCACUUUAGCUGCAGCCACUCGACUGCUGGAAAAACAUAAUGGACAGAGGUUGUGUAUGCUUCUAAAAAGAACUGUUAUUAUGACUCUUUUUCUCAUUGAAUAAAAGAUACACACACAGUGUCAUAAUGCUUGCUGAUUCCUAUGCUUGCCGAUUCCACAGUUUGAAAAAAGUGUUACCAUGUAGUUUAGGGGAUUGUUGGGAGUUUGCUUGUUUUUGAGAGAUGUAAGCUUCCUUUUGCCCAGGGAACUUUGGAUCCAGACCUAUAUAUUUUCAUAGCAGGACAAAGAAAGUGCAAGCUUAUCUUCUGGAAAGGACGAGGAGGAAUUCUUCAACUCUGUAGCCAAUUGUAAGGGGAAAGGCUUUCUGCCAAAAUAUUAGAGCAAGGAUUAUCUGAUGGAAGCCUGUUAAUCCAUGGUCUAAUGGCUUUACUUGAUUUGUGAAGCAAAGUUGAAGAAGGCUUUCAUACUAAUUUUAAUUGCUUGUACAGUUUAAGAGUGUAAGAAUUAGGUGUUGGAACAAACAAAACCCUUUAAAUGCCAUGUGAAACUUUAGUAUAGCUACAUGCAGUGGUGCUGUUGGGGGCUCGUUCUUGGUUUGUUCUGAUAUUUACUCUGGUCAGUUCCAAGUGGAAAAUGAGGUUACUGGCUCCCUUCCAAGUUAUGAUGAAGCCUGUAAUGUGCAUCCAUGUCUUAUAUAAAAUGUUUUUAUAAAGUAAAUAGAAAAGGUAAAGGGUUUUUUUUAACCCCAACCUACUGGCUAUCUUUUCAAUUAUUCCUUACAAAUGAAGUUACUAGCUUUGACUAUAGUCUGUGUAAUGUUGAAAGGUUCUGUUGGCCUUUUUAUUGCAACAGAUAAAUAUAUAAGUGACCAUGUCAAUCAAUGCAUAAUUUUUAAUAACACUAGGAGCUUUCCUAACAAAAUAUGAAUUGCAGAUAUUAAAUGGCUGUGCUUUACCCACCUGACUUGUAACAUGGCAAUGUGAAUGCUUCUCUAUAUGUGGUUUGUGUAUACCAAUCAUGGACUCUCUUCUUCAUCCUUUGGUAAUGGAUAUACUGCUUCAGAACUAAAUAGUCAUACUCAUGGUGAUGUACAGUUUCAUGUUUUACUGGAACUGGUUGCAGUCUUGUAAAAGGUCUAAAUGCAAAGCAUAAAUAGUUUAAUAAUCUCAUGUUGACAACUGGCUUCAUAACACAUGAACACAUAUCAGCCAAGUAUCAGGAUGCUUAUUCAAAUAUCCUGUUGAAAUAGACCCCUCAGCUAUAAUCCAAAUGUAGUCUAAUAGGCAUUAGCAGCAUGACAGCUUAGAGUGAGAGUUUAAUAAUAAACUAUUGUUCUUCAACUGGCCCUAUCAGGUUCUUCAAAUAGGGCAAAUGAGGCUGUGGAUCUUGUAGGUAAUCUGUAUAAACUGCAUUGACUUAUUCUACUGUAGAAGCCUACUGUAACAUACAAUAAAUCUCUUCCAAUAUUCA